AUGCCCGAAUCAGAACCACAAGCAACAGAUGACCAAGCCGACAACACGCUCAUAAUCGGCAUCUCCGGCCCCUCAUCAAGUGGCAAAACAACCCUCGCACGAUUGCUUCAAAGCAUCUUCUCCGGACUAGACGUGAACACAGACUCCACAGACUCCACAGACUCCUUGAGCAGUUCCCAAAACAAUAAUUACGAUACUGACAGCAAAAAACUCCAAACGUUCAUCAUCCACGAAGACGACUUCUAUGUCCCGGACAACCGCAUCCCGUACACAAAGACCUCCUCAGGAAAAAUCGUUCAGGACUGGGACACCAUCAACGCCAUCGAUAUCCCCUUCCUGUCGUCAUCGCUCUCGUACGUACGGAAACAUGGCUCUCUGCCGCCCAGGUUGAAGAGCAAGGAGGAUCUCAACGAGGCGACGGAUUCGGGGGUUGACAAGGACGAGAUUGUUAGGUUGAGGGGGUUGGUGAGGGAGAGGUUACGGCUGUUGCAGGCGGAAGCGGAAGCGCAGUUACAACAACAACGACAAGGUCAAGAAUUGACGUCGUCGGAAUUGAAUACGACAACGAAGACCUUGGCUUUUCUGGAGGGGUUUCUGCUUUACAGUCCUCCCGAUGAGCACAACAACAACAGUAAUAAUCAUGUCCUCCAUCCUAUUCAUAGGAAUAUCCAUCUCCAUCUCUUUUUACCCGCGUCUUAUGAUUCAGUCAAGAAGCGUCGUGAGGGAAGAAGCGGGUACGUGACUGUCGGACCGGCGCCAGAGCCCGAGCCCGGUUCUGUAUCUAUCUCAACGAACAUGCCGCAGAGGAACUCGGUCUCGGAAGAGCUUUCGAAGGAAGAGACUGGGAAUGAAGUCGAUUUGGAAAAGGAGGAUGAUAGCCCUCCCCAGAACUUUUGGACUGAUCCGCCUGGUUAUGUGGAUGAUAUUGUCUGGCCACAUUAUGUGCGUGAUCACUCGUGGUUGCUUUUGCCUGAGGAAGGGGAGGGACAGGACCUCAAUGUGGAUACAAUGGAUGAUAAUGAGUUGGUCAAGAGCGUAGGUCAAGGGACCAAUGUAAGGACUGAUGCCGGUGUGACGGUUGCUCCAGGGGGAGGUGGUCUGCCUAUGGUGGAUAUCGUGAAGUGGGCUGUGGAAGAAGUCAUGAAAUACUGGGAAACGAGAGAGAAAAGAUGGAGAGCUGUUUAA